UUCCUGGUGGGCAUCCUCCCGCAGGGUCCUCGUCCCCUCAUCCUCCAGAAUCUUCUCUCCGUGUUUCAAUAUCAAUCCUUGCCAAUAUCAUCCGUAGAUAUAUCCGACCCGCCCAAGGAACCACUUGCACAAAGUUCUCGCGUUUGGGCCUGGCAUGCGUCUUCUCGGAUCCGCCGUCGCCGUCCAACGAGAAGGACAGACAAAGGCCGUGCCGCCUCAAAGGCCGCACAUAAUUCAUGCGGCUUGGCCUCUUCGGGUCAAAACCCGGGCCGCCAGAAUGUGCUCCCUGCCGACAUACGUGCUUUGCUGGGAAUGGAUGGUUUGCAGGUUUCGGACGAUCUCAAUCUCCAUUUGCUAAGCAUUGGCCUGAAAUACAACAUAAAUUCUCCGCCGCCGUUGAACGGUGACGACUCUCCAGUAGGCUUCUGAUUUUGAGCAUUUGAUUGCAUGCAUCAAGACGAACAAUCUGCAGGCCGUUAUCGCACUUUUUUGCUUUUUAUUUUCUCGCAGCUGCCGCACGCAUUGGAUACCAGCCACGGAGAGCAGAUGAUGUGGCGGUGGAUCAUACGUUGCCCUGCAGCCGCAUAAACAGCACAAAGUUGCGUGCAAGAAUUGUGACCCAAUGCCGGUCAGUGUUUGGCUCUGACCCGCGGGCGCCACGCAGGCAAGACAGACGGCCGUCGGGGGAUUUGGCUUGCCCUCCGGGUCUCAAACUCACCGACAAGCACCAGUCCCGGAAAGGCCAGGCAGGUCUGCGGCACACGGACCGUGGCGUUGUGAUGGCUUUGACGAGAAUAUCCAGUCGGACGUCUCCCCGAGCGGCCAUGCUGGUGCUCGGGCCCUGCAGUCAGAGCCCUCACGGUAGCCUCCUGUCGUCCCGACGCGCGAAUCAAGUGGCGCCGGCUGCCCUUGCACGGCGUCUGGGCGAUGAGAGUCAGGCACAUCUUCUGCGUCGGGUGUGGUUCGUGCUCAGCUGAGCUUGUCAAACUGCGGGAGGACGGACAAGGCCGACAGCCCUGCUCGGAGGUUAGCGCCCGAUAAAGGGAAGUGCACCGAGAGGGAGGCGGCGCUGUAUUGCAGCUAGAGGCGGACAGCAAGACAUUGCAAUCUACUGGCAAUAUGGACAUGGAACUAGCAAGCCUUGGUAAUGUCUGCGAGGGUCAUUGGUAGCCAAUCUUGGCCCAUGCCGUAGCCGGCAGCGGCUGCAUCUGAAGCCAUCGUCGACCAGCCUUUUAUAGGGCACUUAGUAGGCCAGCCAAUCACAACGUUGCUGGCUUGGGUGUCUCAAUUACAUGAUUCCCCGAAAGGCCAAUGGCAUCAGCCAACCGUCCCACUUGAUGGCAGCAGCUUGAGCAGCCAAAGCUGAUGUUGCUAGUAACUGCGUGACACAUGUUAUGGUAACAGAGGCAUUUAUGACGAGGGUACAGUGGCUGGAGGUGAGGUGAGCGAGUGUGACGAUUGGGGCUUUGUAUUUCGUCGAGGCUGGUGCAGCUGCAAGGGUUAGGGUUAGAAGACCAACUGCGAUCAAUCAAUGCCCCACCUUUGUUCCCCAGGUGACGAUGGGCCCGCAGCUGCGCGUGUGUUUACGAUGCAAUCGAUAUCGGGCAAAUUGUCGCUUGGAUUCCCGCUCAACUCACUUUAACCUGGGAGAUGCAGACGCGCAGACCCCGCACGAGGAUACGCGACAAGAGACAGGUAGCCGGUGAUUUCCGUCUGGAAUAAAGGCAAACUCGACCUCAGCAAAACACAACCAACACACACCGCUCACCCCCCCAUCAGAGUACCAUAUCCAACACCAGCACCAUGGCGUACAACCCGCGCAUGUCCAUCAUCCCCGCGUCGCAGCAGCAGGGCCGCGGCAAGGCGGGGAAGCGCGAGAAGGAGGAGACGGACCUGAUGAUCCUGCGCGACGCCGAGAUCGUGGGCUGCAUCCGCGACCUGGGCUUCCCCAAGUUCGACUUUGCCGACCUCGAGAAGCCGAACCCGCUGCAGGUGCAGAUGAUCUUCGAGGUCUUCGCCGAGAAGACGAUGAACGUGACGCGCGAGACGGUCGACCCGGCCAUGCGCGCGGCGGCCGACGGGGUGUGCGGCGAGGACCUGGGCGAGGCGCUGAUGCCGAGCGACACGCGCAACCUCAUGGGCUUCUACGCCGCCUUCCGCCAGCUGCUCGUGGCCUGCGGCGUGCCCGACUUCAGCUUCUCCGACAUGUACAAGCCCACGCACCGCCGCCUCGUGCACCUGCUCUCGUACCUCAUCAACUUUGUGCGCUUCCGCCAGGGCCACGCCGAGCUCUUCGUCGAGCACUACGACCGCGUCAACGACGCAAAGGCCCGCAUCGACGAGCUCUACGCCGAGAACCAGGACAUGGACGCGCGCAUGGACGGCCUGCGCCGCAACCGCCGCAACAUGGAGGCCCUGGCUCAGGAGAAGACGCGCCGCAACGAGGACCUGAAGCGCCGCCUGCUCGAGCUGCGCCGCAACCAGGAGCGCGUCGCCGCCCGCCUCGAGGACGCCAAGGCCAAGAAGACGGAGCUGGCCGGCCGCCUCGAGGCCCGCACCGCCGACAGGCUAGCCCUCAAGCAGGAGAGCGCCAAGCUGCGCCCCUACACCCUGCAGAGCCCCUCGGCCCUGCAGGCCAGCCUGGCCGACCUGUCGGCCACGCUCAACGCCGAGCGCGCCCACAUCGACUCGCUCGACCGCCGCGCCCGCGCCCUGCAGACCUCGUCCGACUCCUUCACCGUCGUGUGUGCCGACGUGACCUCGUGCAUCAAGCUGCUCGAGGAGGUGGGCGCCGAGCUGGGAAAGGAGGACGAGGAGACGGCCCGCAAGUCGCGCCAGCGCGACGCCCUGGCCGAGCGCGGCGCCGGAGUAAAGGCCAUCGAGCGCGAGGAGUCGAUGCUGCAGCGCCAGCUGGCAAAGUGGAACGAGCGCACCGACCGCCUGCGCGAGCAGAGCGCCCAGCGCGCCCACGAGGCCAAGGAGAAGAUGGAGAGCCUCAAGGCCGUGCACAAGCGCCUGAACGAGGAGAGGACCGAGAAGGGUCGUGAUAUGGAGAGGCGCCGCGUGCGAAUCGAGCAGACCGAGAAGAAGAUGCAAGAUCUCAAGGAAAACAUCGAGAGGGAGGUCCACGACGCACAUGACGAGUAUCUGAAGCUCGAGGCACACAUGAAGCUGUACAUGACCGAGAUGGAGCAGGCAUUCUGACCCUGCUAUGUCUUGGCCUCAUAUCUUAUCAUUCUGUCUGUUUGGCUUUGGAUACCCUGUGUAAAAUGCGGAUCUAGGAUACCCGGAGUAUGGCGUUGGACUUCACGGGUAAAAUUAUGAUAAAUGAGUUAUGCGAGUUGGAUUUUUAGGCCAACAUGUCUCUUUUGGGUGGAAACCAUUAUCAAGUACAUAAUGGUAUUUUUUUAUAUUUUUUUUUUGUAGAUUUUGCACGGCUCUCCUUUCUUAUAAAAUUAGCAUCACCAGACAGCCUUAACAUGUGCUGUAUGAUCAGUUCCUCCCCG